GUUUCAAUGGCCGUGACCAUAACUCUGAGCCCGGGGCCCCGCUGCCUGUGGGAUGAGCCGGUGGAGAUCGCGGUGCACGGUCUGGGCCCGGCCCAGCCGGUCACCCUGCGCGCCUCGCUCCGCGAUGAGAAAGGGGAGCUCUUCCAGGCCUCCGCUCGCUACCGGGCGGACGCCGGCGGGCAGCUGAACCUGGCGCGGGAGCCCGCUCUGGGGGGCAGCUACAGCGGCGUGGAGCCCAUGGGGCUCUUCCGGACUCUGCGGCCCGAAAGACCCUCAGAGAGACUAUUGAAGCGGGACGUGCAGACACCUUUCUGCGUGGAAUUGGAGGUGUACGAGGGUCACGACUCUCAGCCCACCAAGCUACUGGCACAGGCGGUCCACGAGCGGGGCUUCCUGGGGCCGGGGGUGAAGAGGAUCCCGGUGCGAGAGGGCAGCGUGCGGGCCACCCUCUUCCUACCUCCGGGAGCAGGGCCAUUCCCUGGGAUCAUUGACUUAUAUGGAACUGGAGGUGGUCUCUGUGAAUAUAGAGCCAGCUUGCUGGCUGGACAUGGUUUUGCUGUGCUUGCUCUGGCUUAUUUCAGAUUUGAAGAUCUCCCCAAAGAGUUGAAUAGCCUACAUCUGGAAUAUUUUGAAGAGGCCCUGAACUAUAUGUUGCAGCAUCCAAAGGUGAAAAGCCCAGGCAUUGGGCUACUUGGAUUCUCGAAAGGAGGUGACUUGUGUCUUUCCAUGGCCUCCUUCCUGAAAGGUGUCACAGCCACAGUGCUUAUAAAUGCCUGUGUGGCCAACACAAUGACCCCGCUGCACUAUAAGGAAAUGACUCUUCUUAAUAUUGGAAAUGACCUAGAGAGACUCAAGAUCACUGAGUCAGGCCUUGUAGACCUCGUGGAUAUUUGGAGCCAUCCGUUAGAGAAGCAAAACUGCCAGAGCCUCAUCCCAAUAGAAAAGGCCCAGGGACCUUUCUUGUUCAUUGUUGGUCAAGACGACCAUAACUGGAAUAGUGAAUCCUUUGCAUAUAUAGCCUCUGAACGAUUACAGUCUCAUGGUAAAGAAAAACCUCAGAUCAUCUGCUAUCCAAACACUGGGCACUGCAUUGAUCCCCCUUAUUUUCCUCCAUGUUUAAUGUCUGUGCAUGGAAUGGUAGGUCGAGGAGUAUUCUGGGGAGGUGAGUCAAAGGCUCAUUCCAUGGCACAGGUGGAGAGUUGGAAGCAAAUUCAAACAUUCUUCCAAAAACACCUCAACAGUCAAGUCUCAACCUUUCAUAAUAAAAUAUAACAUUUUUGUCCUGGCCCCAUUUUUCUGGGCUGGGCUUGUUUCAAGCCAGUCCCCCUGGUAAUUUAUGUUGGAUAUUGGAGCAAAAAGAAAUAAGUUCAAAUCCAGCUUCAGACACUUAAUAGCUGUGUGUGACCAUGUUUGCCUCAGUUUCCUCAUGUGUAAAAUGAGCUGAAGAAAGAAAUGGCCAACUACUCUAGUAUCUUUGCCAAGAAAACCCCAAAUGAGGUCACGAAGAAUUGGACAUGACUGAACGAUCACAAAAAUUGGAACUUGUGGAUCAUCAGUCAACAGUUAAUAAAAUAAGAGUUAUUUAGGAACAGCAGAAGAAUAAUAUCCAUCAAGGACAGGUACUGAGUCACCUUAUGUUGACUCAGCUAACCACUCUUUUCUGAGUUGCUCAUCUUUUGCACCAGCAUCAGGGAGCAAUUUGUAGUCUGGCAACCAGGAAAUGGUGCAAGAGCCUGAGCCUUUAAUCUCCUGAGCCAGUCAAAUCCUGAAGAUAGUUUCAAUACCCUUUAAUGAAAAACUGGCUUAACUUGCACAGGAGUAGGGGUAAGAAUGUUGUUCUCCCCAUAGCCAUAAUUUCAUGACCAUGGGCUCUGUGCUACUAAGAAGGAUCCUUUUUAUACAAAAUGGAAGUAUCCUAUGUCUUGCUUUUUUGUUGUUGUUGUUACAGUAUUUAAUAAGCAAGUGAACUCAGCUCCAAGGGAAUUCCUCUCAGAAUAUUUGACUAGCAGCUUUUCUUCAUCAGCAUAUAAGAGCUAAGAGUUCCAGUUAUGUAUCACCAUAACUGUACUUCCAAAAUAAAAUAUGUCUGUAUUUUUCCUUAGUAUAUUGCUAUGUUAAUUUCUUACCGCAUGUUAUUAAGCACCUUGUCUUUGGGAAAACUGCAAAGUGAUCCUGUAGAAUUAGAAUUAAAAUCUAAACCUUAGACCAACAUCUCACACCAUAUACCCAGAUAAGUUUAAAGUAGAUAUAGGAUCUAAAGAAAUUAGCGGAUCAAGGCAGGAAAGAUCUUUUAUAGCUAUGGAUAGAGGAAGAGAUCAUAAUGAAUGGAGAGAGAGUAUCAUAGAAGACAAAAUAGACAAUUUGGAUUAUAUAAUAUCAACUAAUAUUUAUAUAGCUUUUGUAGCUAUACAUAAUAUAUAUGUUUUACCCAUAUCAAUGUAUUAACAUAACAUUUAUAUAUUAUAAUUGGCACAUUAAAAUACAUAUUUAAGCUAUAAUAUAGUAUGAUAUAUCAUAUUUAAGGUUAUAUUUUUAUGGUUUGCAAAAUGUUCUACAUAAAUUAUUUCAUUUGAUUCUUAUAACAGUUCUGUAAGAUAGGUGCCAUAAAACUCUAUUUUUUAGAUUAGGAAACUGAGGCUGAGAGAGAUUAAGUGACUUGCCCAGGGUCAUGCAACUAAUAAACAUUUAAAGGAUGACUUGAACUCAGAUCUCCCUAACUCCAAGUCCAGUGCUCUAUUCACCCAUGCCACAUUGCUACCUCAAAAACUUAUGUAUAAUUAAAAAAGUUCCUGCACAAACAGAAUCAAUGUGGCUUAAAUUAGAAUAAAAAUUCUGUAGUAACUUUCUCUAAUAAAGAUCUAUUAUAAAAUGUAUGCAUAUAUAUGUAUGUGUAUAUGUACAUAUAUAUAAGUGAUUCUAAUACAUAAGAAUAAGGCUUAUUAUCCAAUAGAUAUGUGGUAAAAAAUAUGAAUUAGCAGUUUAAUUUUUUUUAAAUUUAUGUUAUUAAAAAGAAACAAUUGAAAAAAAGAAAAACAGAAAAGGAAAACAAAACAAAGUAGAAUAUUGUCAAGUGCCCAUCAGGGAGGAUUCAAAAUAUGUAACAAUAAAUUACCAGUUCAAGAAAGAAUAUAUAAUAGUAGAAGAAAUUAUAUUCAUGAGUGUCCAUCUUUGCUUCCUUGUAAGUUAUUCUUUUGUUAUCUGCUUCAUACUUGAUUUAGCAGUUUUAAAAAGCAAUCCAACCUAAAAAUUUCCAUUUGAAAAAGUACCCCCAAUUACUAAUAAUUAGAGAAAUGCAAAUUAUAUCUGCUCAUAUCUAUCAGAUUGGCAAAAAAAAAUUUUUUUUUGCAAAAACUUUUUUUAAAGAGGAAAAUGAUUGUUGGCAGGGUUUGGGGAAGACAGAUACUGUAUACAGUACUAUAUACAGUAAUGUACUGUAUAAUGAUUAUGUGUGUGUGUGUGUGUAUAGAUACACAUAAUAUAGUAAUGUAAUUAUUGGUGGAACUGUGAAUUGGUCUAAUCUUUCAAACAAUUUAGAAACAUAACCAAAAAUUCACUAAUUGGCAUAGUAAUACAGCUACUAGGCCUAUACUCUAGAGUAAUUAAAAAAUGAAGAAAAAAGACCCUAUGUUUAAAAUAUUUUUAAAAAGCAGUUUUUUUUAUUAUAGCAAAGAACUAGAAAUUAAGGAGAUAAUCAUUUACUGUGUUAACAAAUUGUGAAUAUCAAUAUAAUGGGAUAUUACUACUCUGUAAGAAAGGACAAAAGCCUCAUAAAACUGGAGAAUUGUAUGAACUUCUGCAGAGAAAAUGAAUAGAGUCAAGAGAACAAUUUCUACAAUGACACUUUAAAGAAAAAUAAUUUCAAAAGACAUAAAGACUAUGAUCAAAGCAAUAACCAAACUUAACUUGAGUGUACUGACAAUGAACCAAACUAAGUACUUCAAGACAGAAAGGUGGAUGCUGUAUUCAAAUGCAUGGAAUAUACAUAUGAAUUUUUUUUUAUAAAUAUGCAUAUUAAAAAGGGUUUUGUUUCUCUCUUUUUUAAACUGGGGGGCUUUGGAAAGGAAGAAUAUUGAUAUAUUGCUAAAAAGAAAAAAAGAAAAGAGUUAUGUAAAUAUUUAAAAGAAAAGCACAGAGACAAAAAGAAGGAAAUUCAGAAGGAAACAGAGAGCAGCCUCCAAAGAAACAUGGUGAAUUUAUUAUUAAAAAUAAAUGUUAAAAAAAAAAGCAAGCUGUAUAUAAUAGAGAUUUGAGGAUUUAUAUGCAUUCACCUUUCUUUUCUGUUGUUACUUGGGGUUCAAGUCCACUUGCAUAAAUCUCUUCCCAUUAGUGGUGAAUGAUUACUUGAUGAUCAUUGUGUGAAGCAAUGUGUCUAGAGUUUAGGAGAAGAAAGACUUUUGUUCUCAUCAUUUUGACCACAUACACUGGCUUUAAGGUCUUCUUCAGAAGAAGUUCCUGGAACUAAAUGUAUCUUUUCCUGAGGCAAGUGCAAGAAUAUUUGCUCCCAAGCUUCUGUCAACUUUUUACUGCAUGUGAUGAUCGCAGAGUAAUCAAUUUUCCACCAAGAGUCUUAUUAUUCUGUAUAUUUAGAUGUGCUAAUUAUUAUAACUUUUUGGUACUUAAGGGCAGAAUAUUUUUAUUUAAAAAAAAUUACAUUUAACAUAGCAGUUAUACAUCAGGCUUCCAUUCCAUAUUUGGAACAGAGUUUUUCUAGUGUCCUCUUCACAUGAGAAUUUUUAAUAUUCGUUUAAGUUUAUGUCCAUGGAGGCCUUUAAACAAUGUACUCUUAAAUUAAGAUCUGAUAGUAUGUAUUAGACAUUGUGGGAGGUACUGAAGACCAAAAUUAAAUAGUCCUUGCCCUAAGCAGUGUAGUGUGUGUGUGUGUGUGUGUGUGUGUGUGUGUGCAUGGCGCAAGUGCGGAAUGAACUAAAUACUAGGUAAUUUCAAGAGGGAGCCAUUAAAGCAAUCUGUAAAAAUAAUUGAGUGUGAAAGAUUUAGCUACUCUGAUUAAAACAAUGAUUUAAGAGAAUUCCAAAGGAUUCAUAUUGAAAAAUGCUAUCUACAUACAGAGAAAGAAUUGCUUAACAGUGCAGAUUGAAGCAUACUUUUUUACUUUGUGUGUAUUUUCUUUUACAAUAUGGCUCAUGUGAAAAUGUUUUAUAGGAUUUCACAUGUAUAAGUAAGAGUCAGAAAGGAUGGAAAGAAUUUGAAACUCAAUAUUUUAAAAAAAUGAAUGUUAAAAUUUUUAUAUGUAAUUGAGAAAUAUUUAAUGAAAUUAAAUGUAUAUUAAAAUGUCUAUGUGUAAAAAAACCACAACAAUCGAAUGUUUUCUUGAUAUUUGUAUCAACAAAAUAGGAAGAGGAAAAUAAAGCUGGCCUUUCAAUAUGA